AUGGAUUCAGACGAGCUGGAAGCCUUCCAGCAGGAACUCACCUGCUCCAUCUGCAUGAACUGCUUCCUGGACCCCGUCACCAUAGACUGUGGGCACAGCUUCUGCCGUCCCUGUCUGAGCCUUUGCUGGGAAGAAGGCCAGACUCCAAGGAGAUGCCCUGAGUGUAGGGGAAUAUCAGAGAGGCCCCAUUUCAAAACCAAUAUUGUCCUCAAGAGGCUGGCUUCCCUUGCCAGACAGGCCAGAGCUGACCACGACCACCGCUCUGAGGAGCAGAUCUGUGAGACACACCAGGAAGCCAGAGGCCUCUUCUGUGAGGCUGACCAGACCCUGCUCUGCGGGCCCUGCUCUGAACGCCCCGAGCACGCAGCUCACAGCCACAGUCCCAUACACAGGGCUGCUGAGGAGUCCCGGGAGAAACUUGUAAAGAGAAUGAGAUCUUUAUGGAAACUGAGAGAAGAAAUGCAAAUCAGUCUGAAUCAGGAAGCUAACAAAACUCAGUCCUUUGAGAAUUAUGUCGCCUUAAGGAAGGUCAUGAUUACAGUUCUAUAUCAGAGGAUACCUCUGUUGCUUCAUGAGGAUGAGAAACUGCAUCUGGAGGCCCUGGAGCGAGAAGGCAAGGAGAUUUGUCAGCAACUCAAGGAGAGUGUGUUGAGAAUGACUCAACAGGGAGAAAGUCUGAAAGAAGUGUACAGAGAGCUGACUGCAAUGUGCCACAAGCCGGACACAGAGCUGCUCCAGGUGAGAAAGGAGGGUCCGUCCUCAGAGAGAGAAACGCUCUUCUAG